AUGGAAAUCUUGAAACUAAACAGUCAACAAUAUCCUUUUAAAGAUAGUGGGCUGGAUCAAGAUUGGUGGAUACGUUUUAUGAGAGAUCAUCCUGAGCUGUUAUUUUGCACUCCACAAGAAUUGUCAGAAGCAC